UUGGCAAUCUCAUAUUAGCUCCAAAAAAAAAAUUAAAAUCCUCACAGUCAACACAUCACUCUCUUCUUCUUCUUAAUCUUAUCCCAUUUUUCAAUCAAAUCCUAAUUUGCUAAAUCUCCCAAUCCCACCUCUCUCUCUCUCUACACUUUCUCUCUCUAGAAAUAAUAACACUCUCCACCACUCUCCUCCCUCCACCCACACCACCAUCAUCAUCAUUACACCAAAUUCCCACCAAAUCGGAAAAUUGUUCUGACCCAAUUCAAUUCAUCGAAAACCCAGAAAGCCCUUUUAAUUUUAGUUAAUUCCGUUGAGUAAUUGUGUCUUUCUUGCAUGAUUAAUGGAGAAUUACUCGUAUAACUCAUACCCAGAUUCCGGCGACUCAUCGCCGCGAUCACGCGAGAUUGAAUUUGAGAAUCCGACGCCAUGGGAGGAUCAGUCAUCACAGCCGCUGUCGCAGAAUUUCAAAGCGAAAUUCAUGUGUAGCUAUGGAGGUAAAAUUCAUCCACGUCCGCAUGAUAAUCAGCUUGCGUAUAUUGGUGGUGAAACGAAAAUUCUCGCCGUCGAUCGGAAUAUUAAAUUCUCUAUCUUGAUGAGUAAGCUUGGUUUACUUUGCGGCGGCGGAGGUGGCGGGGACGCUGAUAUUUCUUUUAAAUAUCAGUUGCCCGGUGAAGAUCUUGACGCUUUGAUAUCCGUUACUAAUGACGAUGAUUUGGAGCAUAUGAUGCAUGAGUAUGAUCGGCUUUUUCGUGCCUCUGCUAAACCCGCUCGUAUGAGAAUUUUCAUUUUCCCGGUGAAUGUUUCGCCGGCGGCGAGUUUUGGUUCUGAAGGGUCUAAAUCGGAGAGGGACCGGUUCGUUGCGGCUUUGAAUUCGGGUGCGAGUCAUGUUGCUGAGAAUAACAAACCAGUUGCUCAAAAUAAUGUUGAUUUCUUGUUUGGGUUGGAAAAGGGUGUUCCGGGAACGCCUCCGGCGGCGAUAAAGGUGCCGGAUUUACCGGAAAUUCAUGCCGGGUCGGGUCAUGAUGAUCGGGUUAUGGGGUCGGAUCCUGUUGCUAUACAGACCCAGUUACAGAGGAUGCAGAUUAGAGAGCAGGAGCAGCAAGCUAUGUAUAUGAAGAAUAGUGAUGAUAAUUUAAUGAAUGCUUACGGCGGCGUUGUAAGCGGCGGAGCGGAAUAUUACGUUCAAAAAAUGCCGGAAAAAAUUCCAUCUCCGGCGAAUUUACCGGUUUCUUUACCGCAGCCGGUUACUGCUCCGGCAGGAUAUUGGCCGGAGAAACAGAUCCCAAACGGAGGAUUCCCGCCUGGUACGGUGUCGGUAACCACCACUCCUAUGCCGCCGGAACAACAGCUUUAUUACAUGCCGGGUCCUGCUCCGGGUACUGUUUAUCAUACUCCGGUGAUGAGACAGGUGACCAGUCAAACAAGUCAACCAUAUUACAUGCAUAGAAUGGGAGCACCCGGAGGAGGACCGGAAGUUUACCGGGAACAGCCGGUUUACAAUAUGGUUCAGCCGCCGCAGCAAGCGGGGCCGAUGAGGCCAAGUGUGCCAGCUGGAAUGGGAGUGCCGGAUACUGGCUAUGCGCAAAUGGCGUAUGAUAAUGGAGUCGGGAGACAGGUUUACUACACUGCGCAGGGUGGUGGUAUGAUGCAGUAUCCACAAGCACCUCCUCCUCAAUAUCAAGGCGGUGGCGGCGGAGCCGCCGGUGGUGGUUUGAGCCAAGAGGGUAAAGUGGGGAUUUCAAAAGCUUCACAGUAAAUUUCAGUAUUAUUAUGAAUAUUAUUAAUUAUCUUUUUUUAAAUUCUAUUCUAUAUAUAGAGAUAUUUAUGCUUCUAAUUUAAGGUAAUAAUUAUGUGCUAUUAUGUAAUGUGUUAGUUUUUAUUAUUUUAUUUGUACACAAUGGCUGAAGAUUAAAUAAAAUAAUCAUCUUUAGUACAA